AAUUCCUAAGAUGUUUGGUUCCGAAUCCUUUGAUGCUCUCUGCGGCGUGGGGGUCCCGCGUCCGAACUUCCAGCGGCUGAUUGCAUACGUAGAGCCCAACGAAGGUGGCCAGGAGGAAAAACUGGAGAUGCAGGUAUGGCACCGGCGGAAACAAAACUCCGCCAGUGCAUCUUCGAUCAGCGAGACGCGCAUGUGCUGUCCAGAGGCCUUUGUGCGCGCCACCGUUGUAGAGGUGAAUCCGCAGACAGGACAACCAAUGACCCGGGGUCUCACUUUCCACCGUAGUCUGUGUCCCACAGACCUGCUGCCUCACCCAUCACUCAGCCGGCGGUCUAAGGUCAUGGACAUCUGUCAGGAGCGGCUGAACCAGGAGAAGUGCCCUACGCUAGACAAGAAACCAACCAUCACCAAGCUGGAGGUUAUCUGGCAGUGUCCGGACCGAUCCCUUCAAAGAGUACGUGCUCAAAUGGCUUUCAGUUGCAAAGAGUUGGAGAAGGCUUUGAAUUCCAUCCAGGUGCACCACAAGGCUCUGCAGACGGAGGAGGAGCCGAGAAAACUGACCCUGGACAAGGCUACCUCCGUGGGCGGCUUCUCAAUUAUCCGAAAUAGGUACGCCAAGGAACAUCUGUUAAAAAGUAAAGCCUAUACCAGAAGAGCCAGCUGUGUACAGGAACACUCAAGGCCUCCCAGCACGGAGGUCCGUUCAAACCUGCCUGCUUUCGAUGUGGAGCUCAGACUAUUGCUGACCCAGUACGGGGUGUCUGCCGGCCAGCUGACCAAAAUGCUGCAGCGGUUCGUCAUAAAAGAGCUGCCCGGUGACCAGGCAGGGACUCCGUCCUUGAACAUACGGGAGACGGAGCAGAAUGCCAGGAGCAGGAGAAAAAUUCAGCGAUUUAGCGAGCCCAGUAGCGACAAAGAUAAAGAUGUAUCGGGCUACUCUGGCGACGAUGACAGUUAUGCAACAAUCACCGUCGGUAAGGAUGUAGAACACCAGGUUGUGGGAAAUGCGGAGUUAGUAGCUCCCAAUCGCUCACUGAGCUCCAGCCUAGCCACGGAUUCCCAGGAGAUCAACGAGCUGUCCACGGCGGCAGGCCUAACGGCUGCCUUUGUCCGACGGCAUAAGUGCUUCCAGCUGCUGGCCAGGCAGUCCAGGAGCCCUUCUCCGCCCUAGCCAAGUCCAUGGAUGUAAUUGUCAGUUAUAAAUUAUUGAGUGAAUUAGUGUAAUUAAAGUCUUGUUCAUGAGAGCAAUCUGGCUUCAAAGGCAUCCGAUGACAUUGUUCUUGUCAUUUUCAAUUUAUCUAAGUUCACCACACUAUUACAUUUGCAACAAUCGAUUAUC